UCUUUAAUGUGAAUAAACUUAUGUCAUUAGGACUAACUAAGUAUGAAGAGCUUGAAGUCUGUAAAAAUAAUGCUAUUAGUGUUUGUGAAGCUGCAAGAAUGCAAUCAAUAUCAACUGUAACAG